CCAAGCGCUGCCCGAUUGCUGUGUGGCUUCUCUUCUCUGCCCAUACCCAGAAGAAAGCGGGGACGUGACGGAGCUGGGGAAUUGUUGGAGACUCCAGAAUCACCGAAAAUACAUCUUACAGAACCCUCACUGUUGCUCCAGAUUACCUGUCACGUAUUUUAAAAAAAUAUAUUUCCACAUUUCAACUAAUACGCAAGUAUGUCCUGGCAAGGCUACGUGGAUAACCUGAUGGCCGAUGGCAGCUGCCAGGACUCCGCCAUUGUUGGGUACACAGACGCCAAAUAUGUCUGGGCAUCGUUUCCCGGUGGUACAUUUGUUAACAUAACGGUAAGGACAUUUUAAUAAUAACUAAAAUACUAAUCUACCAGCCAGGGAAAUGCCGGCAUUUUAGGCUGUUCGUUUAAUAUGGGAAUUGGGCCCUGCCUAAAGGGAAAGCCCCAGACGGAUUGAUAAGGCAGGCAGUGUGUGUUAGCUAGUUACGCUAGCGACCUAACUAACACAUGGUAUCCGGUGUUCUUCGGUACAGCUAUGAGGACUUUUCACAUGGUUAUUAGAAAUAUCAGUGAAUAGGUUUAGGAACACAACUACAUUCAAGUAGUUGUGGUCUAACUAGCUACUGUUAACGUUAACCAGCUAACUAACACAUUUUAACUAGUUAUCAACACAUUAGCCAGGCUAUUUGGCGUCAGCUAGAUAACUCGUACAUAAAGCAUUUAAAGCGUGUGUUCAGAAACUUGUUACCACAAAUAUUAAAUUGAAACCAGUUUCCAGUUAUGUCUAGUCGGCAAUGCGGGCUUUGGGAGGAACGGCGGUGGCAGCGAAAAAUGGCACAAAAUCUGUCCGGUCAUCCAGAUUCGAAAAUCAUUAGGCAAAGUUGGCGGAUCAUUGCGCUGUAUGCAUACGUUAAAUGUACAAUUGUAGACUCCGCAUAGUUCGGAAACGCAUUUGUGAAUCGGGCCCUCGCAGCAAUACUGCCGCCCCUUCUAAUUUCCCAAGAUGGCGCCUCCACUGCCUGCAUUCAUUUUUUUACCCUUCCAGUCUACGCAAUUAAUCGUAUGGAAACAUAAUUUAUAUGCACCAGUUCGAAGCAAAUUGGUCGUUGUACAAUAAAAUACCACACCAUUAGCUUGCACGUUUAUUAAGAUAACAUAUUGCAUCACUGCUGGUCAUUCAUGAGCCCACCAUUUUGUUAGCUAUCAAGCAUGGAAAUGAACUAUUUAACAAGGGUUGCUUGUCCCAGAUUGCAGCAUUUAAAUUCACGCGCGUGCAGAGCAAUUCUUCCAUUGUGUUUGCAUCUUCAUCAUGCUCAUAGUUUGCUACAUGCUAGCUCGAUAACAAACAUGUUUUAGCUACCAAACGUUAGCCAUCUUUCUAGCUAGGAUGGGACUGCGGCAAGAUACAUUAGACCACACCGGCUCCUCUAUCAUCGAUAUCCGUGUGUCUUGGGGGUUAUUUUUCAUUGAGCUGCUUCCUUGUCAGUAUUCUAGCUAGCCGCUUUGCUAAGCUAUGGCUAGACAGUUAAUCAUUAGCUGUUUGAUACCCUGGGCUCAUUCUCAUAGAUGUGAAUUGAAUGAGUUGGCACUUGCUCUGUUAGGCUUAUGGUCAAAUGUUACAGGUUGUAGGCAAGCUGUAAAGCGGUCAGUUGUCCUACUGUACUGCCUUGGUGGACAGCGUUGCUCGGGCUUCUGCUAAACUAGUGUUUUAGAGACUGGCUUAAACGAGGCGGCCAACUAGCUAGCUAACAACGUUAGCCAGGGCUUGUCUAAUCUCCUAAAAUUCGAUUUUUCCCAAAUUUAGAGGCAUGCAAAACGAACGGGAUAGCAUAGUCUAACAGUUAGUGCAGUAUUAGCGGUGAAAUCUAGUUUUUUGACCAGCUAGAGCUACUAGCUAUGCCAAGGUAUAGUCUACUGAGAGUCCAUAAAUAUUCAACAAGCCACAUGCGGAAUAUGGACACACUGUCCUGUGAGAUGGUUAUACUGUAUCAAUCUCUAACACAAGGUACCCUGAACAACUUUUCAACAUGUUUCUUUCUGUCUGGUAGGACAAAUGUGAACUGCGAUACUUAUGAAAUGGACUGGACAACAGCAACUCAAAACAUUUCCCAAUUUUAUUUCAAAAGAAGCCAAACUGCAUUUGACUGCCAAAUAAUGCUCUCAGGAACUUUGAAUUUUUAUUUAGCUUGGAGUCCUGCAGUUUUAGACAGUGUAUUGGAGAAAAUGAGGCUGUCACAUUUGGCUCUUAACUUAUCGGGUAAGAGCCCUACCCAGGCUCUGUCGUAGCCGGCCGCGACCGGGAGACCCAUGGGGCUGCGCACAAUUGGCCCAGCGUCGUCCAGGGUAGGGGAGGGAAUGGCCGGCAGGGAUGUAGCUCAGUUGGUAGAGCAUGGUGUUUGCAACGCCAGGGUUGUGGGUUCGAUUCCCACGGGGGGCCAGUAUGAAAAAUAAAAAAGAAUGUAUGCACUCACUAACUGUAAGUCGCUCUGGAUAAGGUCUGCUAAAUGACAAAAAAAAAAAUAAUUCUGCAUUUGAAAAUUUAAUGGCUUUCAAACUUUUACAUGGUCAUCCGUAGGUUGACGAAAUCGACGUCAUUGUAGGAAAGGACCGAGAAGCGUUCUUCUGCGGUGGGUUGACCCUAGGCCAAAAGAAGUGCUCCGUCAUCAGAGACAGCCUCCACGCCGACGGGGACUGGACGAUGGACAUCAGGACAAAGAGUCAAGGAGGAGAGCCCACAUACAACGUUUCCAUAGGCAAAGCUGGGAAAGGUAGUGUCCAUCCCAUUUCUUCACUGCUGUAUGUAGGCUAGUGCAUUGAUUUAGUUUGGUUGUAAUUGUAGUUUGCUGUGCAUGUACAAUAUACUGGUAUUCACCUUUCCCCUCUCUCUCUCAUAUAUAUAUAAAUAGUGUAUUUAUUUAAGAGACAUAUUCAAUUAAAAGCAUGACACAUUAAAUCAUCACCAUUAUGCUUAUGCCAAUUUGCUCCAUCAGUCCCUAGAUGGGCAUUAAAAGGGUAUAUGAUACAAUUGAAAUGGGCACGCUUACUUAGUCUUGAUAUAUUGACGCCAUUAUGUUAAGCACAGAACCUAAGUGUAAUGCAUUACCUCAACUGUUACAGUACCAGUCAAAAGUUUGGACACCUACUCAUUCCAGGGUUUUUGUUUAUUUUUUACUAUUUUCUACGUUGUAGAAUAUUAGUGAAGACAUCAAAACUAUGAAAUAACACAUAUGGAAUCAUGUAGUAACCAAAGAAGGUUAAACAAAUCAAAAUAUAUUUUAUAUUUGAGAAUCUUCAAAUAGCCACCCUUUACCUUGAUGACAGCUUUGCACACUCUUGGCAUUCUCUCAAGCAGCUUCAUGAGGUAGUCACCUGGAAUGCAUUUCAAUUAACGGGUGUUUUAUGGAAUUUCUUUCCUCCUUAAUGCGUUUGAGACAGUCAGUAGUGUUGUGACAAGGUAUGGGUGGUAUACAGAAGAUAGCCCUAUUUGGUCAAAGACCAAGCCCAUAUAAUGGCAAGAACAGCUCAAAUAAGCAAAGAGAAACGACAGUCCAUUACUUUAAGACAUGAAGGUCAGUCAAUGUGGAAAAUCUCAAACUUUGAAAGUUUCUUAAAGUGCAGUCGCAAACACCAUCAAGCACUAUGAUGAAACUGGCUCUCAUGAGGACCGCCACAGGAAAGGAAGACCUAGAGUUACCCCUGCUGCAGAGGAUAAGUUAAUUAGUUACCAGCCUCAGAAAUUGCAGCCCAAAUAAAUGCUUCAGAGUUCAAGUCACAGACACAUCUCAACAUCAACUGUUCAGAGGAGACUGUGUGAAUCAGGCCUUCAUGGUCGAAUUGCUGCAAAGAAACCACUACUAAAGUACACCAAUAAUAAGAGGAGACUUGCUUGGGCCAAGAAACACAAGCAAUGGACAUUAGACCGGUGGAAGUCUGUCCUUUGGUCUGAUGAGUCCAAAUUUGAGUUUUGGUUCAAACCGCCGUGUCUUUGAGACGCAGAGCAGGUGAACGGAUGAUCUCCACAUGUGUGGUUCCCACCGUGAAGCAUGGAGGAGGUGGUGUGGGGGUGCUUUGCUGGUGACACUGUGAUUUAUUUAGAAUUCAAGGCACACUUAACCACAGUAUUCUGCAGCGAUACACAAUCACCCAACCUCAACCCAAUUUGGGAUGAGUUGGACUGCAGAGUGAAGGAAAAGCAGCCAAUAAGUGCUCAGCAUAUGUGGGAACUCCUUCAAGACUGUUGGAAAAGCAUUCCAGGUGAAGCUGGUUGAGAGAAUGCCAAGAGUGUGCAAAACUGUCAUCAAGGAAAACGGUGGCUUUUUGAAGAAUCUCAAAUAUAAAAUAUAUUUUGAUUUGUUUAACCUUUUUUUGGUUACUACAUGAUUCCAUAUGUGUUCUUUCAUAGUUUUGAUGUCUUCACUAUUAUUAUACAAUGUAGAAAAAUAAAGGAAAAACCCUUGAAUGAGUAGGCGUGUCCAAACUUUUGACUGGUACUGUAUGUGUGAGGAAAGAGUUGGGGUUUAUGCAGUAUAACGUUUUUUAACUUGUUCAGGGAGGGAUACAUUUAGAGGGAGUGUUCAAUUUCAAGUCUUCUUUCAAGUUAAGAAAGCAAAUCAAGUACAAAAGUUGUAAAGAAGUGUUAGUUUUGUAUCAGAUCUGAUUCGGGGGACACUGAUUUUAACUGCUAGCCAGUCAAACUAUCCACCAAUGCCAUGUUUGUCUGUCCAAUUGAAGGCGAGAUGGUCAUUUGAAAAACAAUAUGCCUGUGAGUUGAGUUGGGCCAAUGUUCAUUUAGCCUUGACUAUCCCUAUUCUCCAAUGGCCCUAGCAGGUUUAAGUCCAUAACGCCCCCUACUUGAAGUACACAGGUGGGAGGGUUUUCUGUCGCUGGGCAAUCGUUUCUCUUCUGGUUUCGGUCUUCCUCCUCAUAGAAUCGCUCUUGAAUUGCAUGCAUAUCCCCUAUCCAUCCCUCUGUAAUUGAUGCACCUUGGCAACUCUUCGGUGUCCAGUUCAAAUUAUUCCCCGUCACAUGUUAAGACUAGUCCAGAGAGUGGCAGUCAAGGAUUAUGCUGCUGUUCGUAUGUAUUGAGGAGUGGUACUGCAAGCAUGCUGACACUGCAUGUGUAUAUUGUGUUAGUGUUGGCAUGCCAUGUAGACGCUGUCAGUUAGCUAAGCAGAGGAUGAAGAAAGGCUUAGACCAUGGGGUUUUCAUUUCUAAUUUACAGAAUUUGUCAUUGCCGCCUUUUUUUUACACCAGUUUAGAAACGGAGCAAUUUGUGCUCAACUGUUGCUUAUGGCAGUUAGUAAUGUCAAGGCUUCCAAAUGGGUAAAAUAUACCAUUUAUGGACUUUGUUAACAUAAGGGGAUGAUUCAGACGUUCCACUUACUAGUUCAGGAAGAGUAGGAUGGAUAAUGUUAGGUUAUUUUACUGUAUGCUAAUGGGUUUUCUGGAAUCGUCCGCACUAUUGCAUCAUUGUAGUGACCGCUUUGCAUGUUUUCUUCUCCCAGUCCAAGGCCAAGCCUUAAUAAAAUGAAUGCUUGCAUAUUGGCUAUGGGUGGGGGUCCUCUGGUGCUCUUCCUGUCUUCCUGCUUGUUUUUUGAUUGGACCGUUUCUUAAACUUUUAUUUUUUAUUUUUAAGAUAUCCCAACUUCACAUUUUCUCUAAAUUUCCCUGCUCUCUUUUUCUUUCAGUCUUGGUUCUUGUAAUGGGCAAAGGUGUCCAUGGAGGUGGAUUGAAUAAUUACUCAAUGGCAAAAAUACUUGAGGGGUUCUAGUUUUAGUCUUAGCCUAAGUGUAGGAGUUGAGGUAGAGGAAAGAAAAAUACAUUGCUGUUAAGUUUUUCCUUUUCAAGCAGUCCUAUUUUUAAAUGAGUCCUGGAAGCGUUAAUAGCAGUACAGGGUCACAUGGUUAAGACCCUGACUUCAACAAUGUAGCCCCACAGUUAACGGGGAAAAGGGGUUUCUUAUCCACCCCCCCCCCCCCCACCUACACAUCUGUUCAUUUCUGUUCUUGUUUUUUUUUCUUGUACUCCAGCGUUGGUUUUAGUCAUGGGAAAGGAAGGUGUCCAUGGAGGACAGCUCAACAAGAAAGCGUAUACAAUGGCUGACUACCUGAGGAAGUCUGGAUACUAAAGCAGCAUCUGCCCAGCCACCUAGCAGCUCACCCUUAACACGCUCUUCCAGUUCUACUUUUCUCCCCAGCCCCUCCUAUUGUCCCCCCCCCCCCCCCCUUUUUGUUUUAUUUUAUUCACCCUUUCUCUUGUUCUGCCCCAGUCAUCUUGAUGCAUUCACACUGUGUACUCAAUCCCAUUCUAGCACUGUUGCACCGUAGUUAAAGAUGAGCAUGUUGUUAACAGGACAUUGUGACAAAUCUGUACUUAAAAAAAAAAAAAAAAAAAAAAAAAAAAAAUAUAUUUAAAAUAAUAAGAUGUACACCUGCACCAUUCUGGCCAAUGCUCAGUGAAAAAACUCUAAUAAAGUGAAGGAAACCUAAAUUGAUGAACUGAGAUUUCGUAUGAUGGUUCCCGGACGUUCACACCCUUGAGCAGCCGAUGCCUUUUUGGAGCACUUGAGCGGUAACCGAGCUCAUGGUCUUCCUUUUCUAGAGCAUGUUUUGGGGUGGGGAAACUGCAUGCAUAUCUUAGAGCCUACUGAAAUACUGUUGUUCCCUCUG